AUGGGUGAAAGGGAAGCCAUGAAGCCUGGAUGUGUGGAUUUAGAGAUGCUCAGCUCAUCUCCUUGCAAAGUAAAGCAGCAGUCCCUAGGGGAGAAAGAAGAGGAGGAAGACCCUUCUCACAGCGGGGGAGACAGUGGCAAGGCCUCUCCUGGGAGACAAGAGAACACCUGGCAGGACCAGGAGGCCAAGCAGCGGAGGCACAAACCAUCUCGGCCAAGCUGGAGUGACUCCUCCUGCAGAAGCCACAAGGGAAGUGCCAAUCCUGAAGAGAAGAGGAACGUGAAAGCGUGUCCCAGCAGAGGCAGAGGAAGGGACAGGGCUGAGUCCAGUGGAGCGAAACAGCCCUGCACAGGAGAUUCUCUGCACACCAAGGCGCGUGUCCGGGGCAGAAGUCCCCAUCCAGGCUCUCCAGCGAGGGGUCCGAAGCGCAGACGCUCUGGAGACAGUCGCGGUGAGCCAGCCAACUGUCCCAAGAGGCGCAGACAGCAUGGUCCAGAAGCCAGUUCCUGCCGGAUGCUCCCACCGCUGUCCAGAGUCGUCAUCAACGUGGAGGCCUUGGAGGUGAUCCUGGACGACCUGCAGGCCCCUGGAGGCGCCUACCUGCGCGUGCCCCAUAGCAGCACGGAGCCCAGCGUCUCGCAGCGCGCCUGGCUCACUUGGCAGCUGUCCCACGCCGGGGCUACGCUGCACUGGGCGCUUCACACAGUCGAUUCCAUCCUGGCUGCGCAGGCCUGGAUGCCCAGAUACACCUAGUUCCACGCCGAUUCCUCGGAGGCCGUGCCCCAGGGCCCACCUCACAGCCUUGAGUCUGCCUCAAGGCCAGGUGACCCGG